CCUUUCCCCAUCAGAGGGGGAAAGCGUGUUUCUCUCCACACGGACGUAAAUAAGACCGUUGGGAAGAGGUCGAGCUCGUUUCUAACAGUUAUCUUUAGUGUAAGCAGUUUGGAAUCUAUGCCGUCAGAUCAAGCUUUAACGUGGGCCAAUAUCAAACUGCAGAUCUGGAGCAAGUGAAGCUGUGUGCCUCGGAGCAUAUCAAAGAUGCCCCGCCACUGUUCUGCCACUGGCUGCUGCACCCGUGACACUCCUGAGACACGCAACCGAGGCAUUUCCUUCCAUCGACUUCCAAAGGACAACCCCCGGCGAGUGAUGUGGUUGGAGAAUUGUCGGAGGAAGGACUUGACCGGCGAGGGUCUUUGGGACCCUGCCUCCAAGUAUGUUUACUUUUGCUCCAAGCACUUUGAGAAGAGUUGCUUCGAACUGGUGGGCACCAGUGGCUACCAUCGGCUCAAAGAGGGUGCUGUUCCCACAAUAUUUGAACUUCACGCCAAACUGCGCAAAAAAUCAAAGCUAGGCAACUCGAAACUCGCGAAACGUCAGCAGAAGCAGAGCUGCAGCCGUUGCCUGGAGGAGGAGUUGAGUCCUUUGUGCAUGGACAUCUCAUGCUUCCCUGCACAAGAGCUGUCAAGCCCUGGGGCUGCUCCCACCAGCAGCGAGCCUCGAAGCCAGCCUGACCUCCCGGGGCCGGCGUCAGAGAGCCUGGCCACCCUGUCAGACAUUCCCCUGGAACAGUCACCCGCUGCUACUGGCCAGGAAGGAGCUUCUCCUUCUCCGGCCCUCCCGGAGCCUGUGGGGGAUUCAUCCCACCCCGUUUCCCUCUCUCUCUACAUGUUGCGCCUGCCUCCCCCAGCUGGGGCUUACAUCCAGAACGAGCACAGCUACCAGGUAGGCAGUGCCUUGCUGUGGAAGCGGCGAGCGGAGGCAGCCCUCGAUGCUCUGGGGAAGGCGCAGCGGCAGCUCCAGGCCUGCCGGCGCCGAGAACAGCGACUCCGCCUUCGGAUCUGCGAGCUUCUGCGUGAGCGGCGGCCACACAGCGCCGAGGCACAUCGACGGCUCAAGGAGCACCUGCAGGUCUUUGAACUGCAGCUCCUCAAUGACCUUGAGUAACUUUGGGGCGGGCCAAAACUGACCUUUCCCUGUUUGGUACACUCUCAGCUUCAGGCUGUGUGAUGGUCCCUGCAGCUAAGCUGUGUGUCAAAACUCGGGGUCCUCCAGUCUAGCUGGCCACUUGGCAUUUGCCGCCUUCCCUUUCACCAUUCAUUCGCAUAUAAUCUGUACCUGUAAAUAAAUAUUGUUUUGUAUGAUGGAUGCUUCCUACUCGUCUGAAAGACACCUGGUUGCUUUUACAGCAGAUUUGCAACAGCUGUCAACCUGCGGCCUUCAGCAUGGUGUUGCCUGAGGUGUAGGAAGGAUCAUACAGUUUCUAGCAAGUUUCGGCUCAACCUUGCUCACGAGGAGAUUGAAUUAGGGGGUGUAAGGGAUAAAGGUUGCCCUGUUUUCUGAUGGAUUAUAGGUUUACAAGGAUCUUAAGAUCCUGUGGGCCAAGGCAUCCUUAUCCCACUGAGGCUCAUCUAUAAAAUAUAUAUAAAUACUUCAGGCGGAGUGAUGUGCAUCAGCAGGAGAAGAGCAAACUCGCCAUGCUGGAGAUGGCACUAUCUUUUGAGGAACAGUUCAGUAAAACCACUCAGAUGGUUCUAAGUAAGUAAGCCAAAAGCUUAAGUGAAGUCUAGGCUGCUAGACUUGCUGCGAAGCAAAACCUGUCCGCCUAUCAGCUGAGUUAGGCCUAGUGUAUGUUAGAAAAGGACAGAAGCGCUAAGACAGAGGAACAAUAAGUACCAUUUGUUGGGCGUUUCUCAUGUGCACUCAUAAACACAACCAUCUGUGCUCUUCAAAUAGCCUUUUGCAACAAUAUUUUAUUCAAAAUGCUGGAGGGUCAUGGGUGAAUAUGAGUCUCAUUACUGAUAAUUGAAACCUGCUCUGGGAGCCUUUUUCAGCUCAAAGAGUAGAGUGAAAACAGGUUUAAAAUGCACAUUAGUGGCAUGCAGAAGGCUGCUUACCCGUAAAAAUCUAUUGUUGGACUGGGGCAACUGAUUUCUAUAGUUUGCAAUGGUUGCAGGAUAUUUCACUUUGUGCUAACACCCGUCAAGGACUCGGCUGCCUGAACAGAACCACUUACAUGCCUAUCAUGACUAUCACAACCCGCAAGGGUGGGUGGAACAAGGAUGUGGCUCCUCAGAAAUAUUCCUAGCCUCUCUUCUGAAUGUUCAGCUGUUUUUUUAAAAUAAAAAAACCUAAGUCUCUAGUCCUUUUUCCUAGAAAGUACCCAGACAGACUUUUGUCCAGUUGCUCUCUAAAAAUAAAAUUGCUGUUGUCUUCUAUUGUUUUCUGGCUAAUGAAUGAAAAGGCACUGGAAUAACUGAUGAGCUCUAAUCCAUUAUUUUAUUUUUUUGUACUUUUGAUUUUAUUUGUAUUUAACACCAUGAAGCAAAAUAAAUAUACUGGGCUACUCCAA